AUGAGCCGCCAAUUCACCUGCAAGUCAGGAGCUGCCACCAAGGGGGGCUUCAGCGGCUGCUCCGCUGUGCUCUCUGGGAGCAGCACGCCCUCCUACCGGGCAGGGGGCAAAGGGCUCAGUGGGGGCUUCAGCAGUCGGAGCCUUUACAGCCUGGGGGGUGCCCGGAGCAUCUCUUUCAAUGUGGCCAGUGGCAGCGGAAAGAGCGGAGGUUAUGGAUUUGGCCGGGGCCGGGCCAGUGGUUUUGCUGGUAGCAUGUUUGGCAGUGUGACCCUGGGACCUGUGUGCCCAACCGUGUGCCCACCUGGAGGCAUCCACCAGGUCACUGUCAAUGAGAGCCUCCUGGCUCCCCUCAAUGUGGAGCUGGACCCCGAGAUCCAGAAAGUGCGAGCCCAGGAGCGGGAGCAGAUCAAGGUGCUAAACAACAAGUUCGCCUCCUUCAUUGACAAGGUGCGGUUCCUGGAGCAGCAGAACCAGGUGUUGGAGACCAAGUGGGAGCUGCUACAGCAGCUGGACCUGAACAACUGCAAGAACAACCUGGAGCCCGUGUACGAGGGCUACAUCAGCACCCUGCGGAAGCAGCUGGAGACGCUGUCUGGGGACAGGGUGAGGCUGGACUCGGAGCUGAGGAAUGUGAGGGACGUGGUGGAGGACUACAAGAAGAGGUAUGAGGAAGAGAUCAACAGGCGGACAGCUGCGGAGAAUGAGUUUGUGCUGCUCAAGAAGGACGUGGAUGCAGCUUAUGCCAAUAAGGUGGAGCUUCAGGCCAAGGUGGACUCCAUGGACCAGGAGAUCAAGUUCUUCAAGUGUCUCUUUGAAGCCGAGAUCACUCAGAUUCAGUCCCACAUCAGCGACACAUCUGUCAUCCUGUCCAUGGACAACAACCGUGACUUGAACCUGGACAGCAUCAUUGAUGAGGUCCGGGCCCAGUAUGAGGAGAUCGCCCUGAAAAGCAAGGCUGAGGCCGAGGCCCUGUACCAGACCAAGUUCCAGGAACUGCAGCUGGCAGCUGGCCGCCAUGGGGACAACCUCAAAAACACCAAGAAUGAAAUCUCAGAGCUCACCCGGCUCAUCCAGAGAAUCCGCUCAGAGAUUGAGAAUGUGAAGAAGCAGGCCUCUAACCUGGAGACGGCCAUUGCUGAUGCUGAGCAGCGGGGAGACAAUGCCCUGAAAGAUGCCCGGGCCAAGCUGGACGAGCUGGAGAGUGCCCUGCACCAGGCCAAAGAGGAGCUGGCUCGGAUGCUGCGGGAGUACCAGGAGCUCAUGAGCCUGAAGCUGGCCCUGGACAUGGAGAUCGCCACCUACCGCAAGCUGCUGGAGAGCGAGGAAUGCCGGAUGUCAGGAGAGUAUCCUUCCCCUGUCAGCAUCUCCAUCAUCAGUAGCACCAGUGGCAGCAGUGGCUAUGGCUUCCGGCCCAGCUCAGUCAGUGGCGGCUACGUGGCCAACAGCAGCAGCUGCAUCUCUGGAGUGUGCAGUGUCCGUGGCGGGGAAGGCCGGAGCCGAGGCAGUGCCAGCGACUACAGGGAUACCUUGGGGAAGGGCUCCAGCCUGGGUGCUCCCUCCAAGAAAGCUAGUCGGUAG